AUGACUACUACCACUACUGCUGCUGCUGCUGGUGCAUCGCACUGCCGCAGACACUCCUCCGUCUCGUGGAGGCGCACGUUCUCCUCCAUGAUCCUCCUCUCCCUCACCGUCCUCUCCUCCUCCUCCCUCAACCAGGCCUCCGCAGCCCCCUCCACGGAAUUCAUCACCUCCCCUUCAAGGUACACGACCUGGAACCUCGGGGAGACCGUCAACAUCCGUUUCCGCCGGUCCCUGUCCAAGAACGACAGCAAUAACACCAUGCUCUACCUCGAAUACACCACCCGUGCCUGCAGGGGCUCCCUGCCAGACGAGGAGCGCUACUGUGACAAUCGCGCCACCAAAAUCUCCGCCUUUGGCCAGGUCCCUUCCGGAGCCGACUCCUUUCAAUGGACCAUCCCCACGACCCUGGAUCUGCAGCUCUCAAGGGGCAAGUUUCACAUCUACGAUUAUAACGGACACACCAGUGAAUCUUUCACCAUCCGCCCAGCACCCAGACGUUACCCAAAGAUCGGCAUGGUCGACCAGGGGAGGUUAUUCUAG